AUGAGAGGGAGUUGUGCCGCUGAGUCUCAAGAGGUUUCGCCGCUGUUGUCGGUGCUGACUGGGGUGACCUUUGACGUUACUGGACCGGGCGAGGAACAUUGUGAAUCACUUGCGACUGAGCGCGUUGUGUGGGAUCGUCGGGACAAGGUUCCUGGCGACGUUCCACCGCCAAUGCCCGACUGUGUGAGAGUUGGUUUUGCUGAUCAAGACCGUAUUACGCCACGGCUGUUUCUAACCAUCGCUCUGCAGACGGUGGACGAGCUGGUGAAGAGCGAAGACACGUUGUUCAACCCUGAUCAGAUCCACUUACUGAGUCAUGCAAUUCGUCCUACGGUGAGAGUGGACUUUGAGCGCGACACACAGUACGGGGGCUGUAAGACUGCUGCUGACGAAGCGGAGAGAGUUCGAAAGGCCCAAGAGGUCUUGGUGCAGCUGGCCGAGGCUGGCAAGUUGACUGAGGGUGACUCAAUUACUCCGUUGAAGACAUCGAUGGCGAGCAUGAGCGAAUUGCGCGAGGCUCUGUUUAAAACCUACAAGGCGCUUGAGCGCUCUGGUGACUACAAGUCGUUCUUCUGGAAGGGCAUCUGUCGUCCGAUGUUGGGGAUGAGCUGGGAGGACAAGGUGGCAGUCAAGAAAUAUGGUCGCGAUGGCGUUGGAAAUUUCGUGUGCGAUCGGUGCAAACCCGGUGAAGUGAUGAGCCUGCCGGUGCCGAGCAAGGUGAUCACGAAGGUGCUGAGUCGACAUCCCGACAUGAAGCACUUCAUUCCUGAUGAUCACCGGCUGCCACUUAAGGACUGGGUCGUGCCCGGACCGGACGGCAAGGUCUACACACCCGGCGACCAGUGGCCGCCACAGGAGACCGUGAAGGGCACUUGGAAGGAGGUCACCGAGAUGAGCGCGGACGAAUUGCAAUGCAAAGCCCAAAAGGAGGACCUCGAGCUGACAAACAUACCCUGGGAGAAGACGUGGCACGGCGUCACCGUUAGUCGUGAACAGAUGACGGACCAGAUGGACAAAAACAUCUCGCGCUGGCGAGUCGCCAACCUGGACGACCUCGUUAAGUCCUACCGGCUCUCGGAGGAUAUUGUUUGCCAGCUCAAGAAGGAUGCCAGCGAAAUGAGAGAGGCAUGCGACAAGCUUGUCCCCUACGGCAUGGGCUGCGUACGACACUACAUCUGUAGCUACGCACAGACAUAUGUCUUGCUUGAGUUCACUGAUGGGGGCAACGUGUCCAAACUGAGGCUUGUUACUGUCCCUUUUGCCUUUGUACGAGGCACAUCAAUGGGGAGGGAUGCGGCUUCCCGCAGAGAAGCAGCCUUCUGGAACCAAGUGCGAGCCGACGCAGGCACUGCCGACGACACCGACUACUUCUCCUACUCCGCAGUCAAGGACGGAGUGGCCGGGACUUCAGUCCAGUAA